CGUCAACCUUCCAAAACAAAACCACCGACCAAAAGUCAAAACCAUUUUAUGAUUUGUUAUGCUUUUUCGUAAAAAACAAAACUUUUUAUCAUUUUAAAAAAACAGACAAAAUCCUGUAAAACAUUGCCCUGAGCCCACAAGCAUCGUAAAUUCAUGAUCAACCAAUAUCGAGCCCCAAAACUAGAAACAUGGAUACAGGCACAGGCGAGCAAUUCUCCUUGUGCUGGAACAAUUUUCACACUAAUCUAAGUUCGGGCUUUCACAGUUUGUUGAAAGACGAAGACCUGGUCGAUGUUACACUGGCCGCAGAAGGAAAAUUUGUCAAAGCACACAAAACCGUUUUGUCAGUGUGCAGCCCAUUUUUCAAAGACCUAUUUCGAGUGAAUCCUUGUAAACACCCCAUAGUUAUAUUGCCCGAUGUGAAAUACGGAGCAUUGAGGAGCCUUUUACAUUUCAUGUAUCAAGGAGAAGUCAGUGUGAGUCAAGAAGAAAUUCCUAAUUUCAUGAAGGUUGCCGAAAUGUUGAAAGUUAAAGGACUGACUGAUAAUGCUGAUGCUCCAAAUGGAUUCGCAGCAAAAAAAAAUCCAUUUGAGGUAGAUACUCGGCAUGAUAUACAAAAAAGGCAUCAGCAAUCUAAAAAAUUAAUUCGACCAACGCGGCCUUUGAGGCCUUCAGAAAGCCCCAACCCAAUAGUACAGCCAGCUAUUGUACCACUUUUACCACCAAAAAGGCCACAUUUAGAUUCAUCAGGCACACCUCCACCAUCUUCCUCAUCCAUUCAAUUAAACCCUCUGAGUCAACCUCCACCGAGUAUUUCUCCUUUGCAAGAUGAAGCUCUGUCUCUUAUCAAACCAAAAAAUGAACCUUUGGAUGAUGAAGGGCUUCCACAACAUAGCGGAAUGGAUGAAAUGCAAAUGGACUUGGCGAAUAUGCUAGAUACACAACUGAGUGGCGGGGAACCUUCUCCAUCCCAUCAAAUACCACCUUGGCCUGCGCCUGGAGAUAUGACACCUGUUAUUGGUGGAGAUGAAGCAUCACAGCCUGAACUUCAAGCCAAUAAUGAAAAUCAUCAUCUUUAUCACAAACUCCUGACCAUAGAUGGCACAGCUAGACAAUUACGCAGAUUAUGUAAAAAUUGUUAUAAGAAGAUAUCAACACUUCGUGGAAGAAAAUAUGCCCGAACCACAACGAAAAAAGUUAGUACCUAUUGCCCCGCUUGUACGGGGUCUCCUCAUUUAUGUCUGGAAUGUUUCAACUCUCUUCACAAAUCAGUUGUUCUGUAAUUUGAAUUUUUUGAAUGAAGGAAUUAUUUAUUUUGUAUUCAUUUAUUUUUGAUAAAUAAACGGACUUUUGUAAUACGUUUUUUUUGUUAUGAGGUCACAUUUUACUUAUUUUAGUCUAUAAGCUAUGACCUACAAGGCAC